AUGGCGGCCAACGUGAACUCGGCGGAUCCAGAAAAGGUCAAUGGGUUAAGCUUCGCCGAGCAGGACAAUGGGUCGCUAGGAGAGCAGAAGCACCACCACUACGUCGCUCGAACACGAGAACGUGUCCGUCACUUCCUGCAUCCUGAUGGGCGACGUAUCCACAUCGCGUCCUCCCCAGAAGAGAUUCUACAGUUGCGAAAGAAGCUUUCCAGUGUUCACAAAGAACAUGAGUUUGACAUUUUCCUGUCCGGGACAGCGGACCAUCUCGAGGCCAUUCGUCAAGCUCAGACGCACCAUGAGACCCGUCUGACGAGCUUCAAGGAACAGCAUGGAGACGUCUACUCUCAAUUUGCCAGCGUUCACGCAGAGCUCGAUGCACUAUCAAGUGAACUCGAGCGUGUUACCACACAGGGCGUGAGUCUGGACGCCCACUUCUCCAAGUAUGGCUACGAUGCUCGAAUCAGAACUUAUGAUGAUGAGAACCCAAUCUCUGGGACCGCUACUCCAAGGUCGAACAGUUCGAAUGAGAAAUUACAGAGCGAAGCUGAGCGAGGAUUCGCCACGCCUCUCAAGCUGUUCAAGUAUCCCGUUGUGCGCCAGUACUUCCACAAAGGCAUACUUUGGCGCGCUAGCGGAAGUGAGGAAGUUCAGUCGUUCGAGCUCUUUGUGGACUUGCUUUAUGUUGGAAUCAUCGCCAUCAUUGGUGAUGCAGCGAGUGAAGACGCUACGGGAACCACAUUGCUUCACUUCAUCAUCACCUUCACGCUAUCCUGGAAUAUCUGGACCGACAUGGUGCUUGUCAUCUCUUGGUUCGAGACCGAUGACAUCUUCCAACGCCUAAGUAUCAUCUUCCUCCUCGUCUGCCUCUUUGGCUUCACAGUCAACAUCAACGAAGCCUUCGAGACCACUUACCCAACGCUCAUUGGAUUCUAUCUGGCGGCACGCUUAUACAUGGCCACAUAUCUGGCUGGGUGUGCCAUCUUGAUCCCGAUGAUGAGGUCAAUUUUGAUCUAUCACACAUGCGUAGCUCUGGUCGGUGCCGCACUUUGGAUAGGCAGUAUCCAUGUCGAAUGGCCRAAUCAGCUCGCAUUGAUCUGGAUUGCCCUCUUUGUUGAUGUCGCCGGACAUUCCUUCUACGUGGUGCUGAUGAUGAUUUCUCAGCCUGUGAAGCGGGUACUAGAAAGGGUGUUCGAGAUUUGGCCUGCGAUUAAUAUCGAGCACCGCACCGAACGCAUGAACGCCUUCGUCGCCCUGGUCUUCGGGUACACGGUGGUCGCAAUCCUCUACCAGAGCACCGUAAAUGGCAUUGAUGACUUCUUCGGCAAAGCAGCCUUGGGUCUCAUCCAGGCUUUCUGCUACAACUGGAUAUACUUCGAGAUCGAUGGAGCCAACCUCGCUGCCCACGCUAUCCGUAGGCACAAGUUGAGCGCUUUCAUCUGGGGCAUGGCGCACCUCCCGUUCAUUAUGGCAUUCAUCCUAGCUGGUGCCGCGCUUUCGAGACUCGUUGUCGCGCACGAUACUGCGAAUUCGCAUCUGGAAGGCCUCACUACAGAGUAUGAGGAACGCAGCACGGAAGAGAUCACACAAGGUAUCCGUUGGUUCUACUGCGUUGGACUGGGGGUUGCAUUGGCUCUGAUGGGAGUUAUUGCCCUGUCUCACGUUCACAAAGAGGCUCCUGGACUUCGAUUAAAGAAACGCUGGCGACUGUUGGCUCGUUUCUGUGUUACCAWCGUCCUCAUCUGCCUUCCGCUCGCUCAUGGCCUGAACUCAUUGGAAUUGAUCGGAGUAGUAACCGCCCUGAUUGUCUUUGUGCUCGUAACGGAACUAUGGGCAUCCAGCUGCUGUACCGAGAAUCUCUUCCAGCGAUCGAAGCCGUGUCAGUAUGUUGGACGGUGUGGGAAGAAAGAGAUGGAUGCCUUCAUCAGUGAUGGGAAGGGAGCUGAUUUCGAGGAGAUCUCGGGGAACAAGGAUGCGAAUAGUGGAGUCAUCAUUGGACGUUAA